ACCAUCUAUGAGGUGGACAGCCUAACAUCCUAUUUGGAGCCCUAUUCGAAAUUGUGGAAGACCGACGUCCAGACGACAGUGAGCGAAUUUAUGGCUUCCAAGCCGCAAAUGUACGAUUUUCAGAUGGUGUUUGAAGAUUUGGAUAAAUACGGUCAUAAACUGGAAGAAGAGCCGAGCUAUUAUGUGGUAGGAGCUCUUUUUAUCUCGACGGAGGAUUUUAAGACCUACAUUAGAAGCAAUAUAAACCAAUUGAAGCAGGUAACUAGCCAAACUCUGGCAUUUACAAAAGUCUUCAUAGAGCAGAACAUUAUGCCGAUCGAGAACCUCGCAUCUCAAAUUGACGAGUGGGAACGCAACCUGUCGCGUCACAUCAACCAUCUGGAUGAUAUCGCCGCCGUCAUGGAGACCCUGCGACAAAUCCGUGAGGUUGAGAUAGACGUCGAUCGUGAAUUGAUGAGCUGUGAGGACGCCAGUUCUCUUUUAAGCAAGUACGAUGUUGUCUUUCCAAAAGACAUCAGUGAUCGUGUUGAGUUGGUGCGUUGUGCGUUUAUUCGAGCCAAAGAACGUGUCGUCACGGUACUCGACUACAUACUUUCUGUGCAGCAGAGUUACAAAGAGGGCCUAUUCAACUCGAUAAAGUCUCUACAUGAGCAGGCUGGCAUUUUUGAGGCAGAAUAUCUCGAGGUGAGCCUUUAG